GCUCCCCCUCCCUCAUCCCUUCCCCCAUCAGCCAGAGAUGGAAGCGAGGCUGGGGCCCGUUUGCUCGAACGCUCGUUAACGUUGCUGACGUUGAGUGACUUUGACGUACUUUCCUCGCUGCUCUCCCCUUCCUUUCCUCCAGUGAGGAAGACGGCAGUCGUGUCCUGCGUCGUGUCCUGCGUCUGAGUCUGAGCUUCGAAGGGGGUUCCUCUAGGGUGGGGAGGGGUACCGUGGGCAGGGAUACCUUACUGGCUUCCCUCGGGGCACUGGCCCCAUCUCCAUUGCAGCCCCGGGCCUGGGGGGGUUAGCGGGGCAGAAGCGCCCCUCUCCCCCGGGGGGCCUGGGCCUUGUCGUCUAGAGCCGCGUUUCCUCACCUGUGCUGCUUAACUAAUAAGUCUCUCCUCCCCAAGGUCUCUGGAAAAAUCAGACAAACUCGGCUUAUUUUUAAAAAUCUUCCUCAGUAAUGGCCCCGAGGAAGAGGAUAAAGCCUUCUGAGCUAGUUCUGCCGUGCGAGUGGAGUGAUUGCACGUUUGUAGGAAAGUGCAUGGAGGAAUUCUGCGAUCACGUUGCUAGACACUUGAGAGAACACCUAAAUGACUCACAGGAGAAAUUAGAACAGUAUCAGUGUCUUUGGAGAAGUUGUGAAUUUUGUGCAGCUGGUCCCAAUGAAUUGAUAAUUCAUGUGAAUUUUCAUAGUUAUCACACUAAACUGAAGUACUUAGGCUCUCAAAUGAGAGCAUAUCACCAAGAUUUGCCAGAAUGUUCACAACGUAAUCACAGCCAAAAUAUGGUACCAGAGAUUGCAGACACUUUUGUUUGCUGUUGGGAGCACUGUGAUAUGACUAUCAAUAACCCAGAAUGGUUUUAUCAACAUGUUACCAUGCAUGCUUACUGUGCUGAAAAUGAAAGUCUCUUAAACAAUAGAAAAGCCAUCUUCUGUCGCUGGAAAGAUUGUGAUGGCACAUGUAAGAGUCGGCAUAAAUUAAGAGAGCACUUAAGAACACAUACUCAAGAAAAAGUAGUGGCCUGUCCCUCUUGUGGAGUGAUGUUCUCCAACAAUACCAAGUUUUUUGAUCAUGCCAAACGACAGAUUUCAGAGGAUAUCCGCCAUCUUAACUGUCCAUUUUGUGAUAUGGUAUGUACAAACUUUUCGUCUCUGAAGACACAUAUCAGAUUCCGACACUGUGAUGAACGUCCUUUCCUUUGUGAUUUCUGUGAUAGCAGCUUCAAGAAUACAUAUGAUCUACGUAAACACAUUGAAACACACAAUGAUUCAUCUGCCUACUGUUGUGAUGUGAAUGGGUGUGAUUUCACUGCUCGUACAUUACAGACAUUUAGACAGCAUUACAAAAGAGUGCAUGAAAGUAAUGGUACCAUAAAGUACAAAUGCCAUAUCUGUCAGAAGUGUUUUUCUUGGUGCUACACUUUGACUUUACAUCUCCGGAAGAUGCAUCAGCUCACUUGCCAUUCUCGUUUCAGGUACAAAGAAGAUGAAGAUGGUUACUGGACUUUGAAUAUAGAUAAUUUUAAAACUUCUAUGGAAUUAAAUUAUGAUUUUGUUUGCAAGAAGCCUCCCCAAAAGACUUCCAGAAGACAGAAUUGUACUAGAAAUAAUAGCAAUGCUUCCUCCAAAGGAUUUUCUACAGGAUUGCAUGCUUCACAGUUUCAGCCAUUGUCAGGAUCUCCAGUAGAAAAAUCUAUGUCAGAAGUGGAUGCCUCUUUAAAAGAGCCUGUAUAUUAUGAACUUCAGAGUGUUCCACUCUCAUUUGAAAGUCCUCCAAAUGAUUUUAAUGAAACUGUGGCACUAAAUGCAAUGGUAAAAUGAAAAAAAAAAAAGAUACAAGUCUUUAUUGUUAAAAUGACUGUGUAGAAGUAUUAAAAUGUUUCUUGAUUUUUAGAAAGGACUAUUUAGUAAUCAUUUUUAUGACCUUAGAUGAAGUGCUGCUAGAUAUAAGAAAUUCAGUGCAAAAAAAUAGGCACUUUCCAUUAGUAAGCAGAAAUUCCAAGCUUUAAAAAAAAAAAGACGUAUGGAUGAAAGUAUUAAGGAGGAGGGACAAUUGGAAGUUUUCUUGAUCUGUUCUCUAACUCCUUUAUCUUUUUUUUUUCACACUAACCUCACAAAUUUGCAAAGGUGGUGAGGGGGAAGUAAAGGGGCAAGUUGGCAGAGAACUAUACCAGUUAAUUUUAGACAAGUAAAUUCGAAAGUAAUUUUAAUAAGUUUACCGAAGUAACCUUUUAAAUUCUUUGUAAAUGUCACCAUAGCUUAUUAAAAGAGUUCAGUUUAUUUCCUUAAGAAAUUAACUUGGAGGUAUUAGCUAGUUUAAGUGGCAUUCAUUGGCUUGUUAUGUUAAAAGGAAUAUAAAGGAUUCUGGUUUAUGGGAGAGUUUGAAAUGUUUAAAUAUGUUCAAGCAUGACUUGUAAAAGAUUACUUGUUCAUACUACAGUAUUUAGAAAGUAUGAUUUUAAAGCAUAGAGCUACUGUGGUCAAAAUACAUGUUCUUGAAAAAUUCCUGCAGAUUAAUUUAUGCCAUUUCAUACAGGGACCUCAAAUGCUUUUCCUUGAGGCAUUUGUCUAUGUAUGAGUUCAUUUGAUGGUUAGGACAAAAUGGACCUAAGUUAUACAGAUGGGCAACUUUUAGGUAUAAUCAAAUGGAGGUCUGGUCAUAUUUUGUGUUUUGGUGUACUUCUUUGACAUAAAAAUACAGGAUUCUAAAAAUGUAAUCUUAAAUCACUAUGUAUUUCUAAUAGGGUAGAUAAUGUAAAAUUAUGCCUAACUCAAGAUGACUACUACAAGUUCUACUUGUAGUUUGUUAUAAAUAUAGAAUUCUAUCUUUCUUCAUUUUUCUCUUGUUAGUAUUGUCACAUAAAAGAUA